AUGGACUACACCGCCAGGGUCCAGCGCAUCCAGCACUUCGCCGCCCAGGUGUCCCACAAAAAAGAGAUGACGCUCUUCGUCGACAACGUCGGCCCCGAUUGCUCGAAGUCCCAGGUGCUGUCAUGGCUCGACUCCAACGGCUUCCAGGACACCUACGACUACAUCUACGUCCCCCGGUGCUUCCACACGCGGAAGAGCACGGGCCAGAUGUUCAUCAAUUUCUUCGUCAUGGAUGCGAUCAACGAGUUCAUUGAGGCCGUGAUUGCUGCCGACUUCGGGGCCGGCCGCGCCCUGAGGGUGCAGCUAUUCAGCUGCGUGCGGCAAGACCCGCCGCCGUGCCAGAGCAGCCUUUUUGUGUGGCGGCGCUUUGAGCGCCCACGGCCGUGA